AUGUCAGAAAGUGAAAUUUCAUUUGAUUUUAAUGAGGAUGAACCUGUUGAAGAAGUCAAAUCAUCUCAAAUGUUAACAAAACCAGAGAGAUAAAUGAUUCCAUUCUCAAAAAGUGAUAAAAAAGAUAAAAAAGAAAAAUUGAAACAAUUACAAUUUACAAUGCAAGGUUAACUUUCAAGCAAAUAAUAAAUGACUAAAGAUUUAUUAUUUCUCUUAAAAUUCGAAUAACAUAUGUUAAGUUCAAUUAAUAGUUUGCAUUAAAGAAUAAUGAGAUCUUUAGAAAAUGAAGCUCCAUGA